CAGGUCCUCGAGCAAGAAAGAAUGUGGCAGACGCGCUCUUUGGUUGGAUGUGGACGCGACGUUUUCCUUGCGUCGCUGGUGGAAACGAAACGCGAACGCGACGCCCGCGGCCAGGCCAGGCCAAGCCCAAGGGUCCUUCUCUUUCUGCCUCUCCUCCCGCGCGCUUUCCCAGCUUUGCUUCCUGUUAAUUAUUGCGCCUGCCAAAACAGCACCGUCUCGACAUCGCGCCUUCUUCGCCUCCUCUUCUGCGCUCUCCAGCCUUCCUCUUCGCCAUCGCCUGCUCGAUCCUCGGUCGCUUCCACAUCUCCGCCCUCCCUCCCAAUUCCAGACGCUCCCCGUGCCGCGUCAAUCCUCUUGCCCGACCCCCCACCUGCAACAACACCAAAGCACGCCCACGCCGAAAACAGCCAACGUCGGCCAGAAUGUCGGUCGUCACGCUUCUUGACGUGAAGGUGCUCAACAAUCCUGCAAACUUCACCGACCCAUACCACUUCGAGAUCACCUUCGAAUCGCUCGAGCAGCUGCAGAAGGACCUUGAAUGGAAGCUCACUUACGUCGGUUCUGCCCAGUCCACCGAGCACGACCAGGAGCUCGACAGCCUAGACGUGGGCCCUGUGCCCGUAGGCACCAACAAGUUCGUUUUCGAAGCCGACCCGCCCAACACUGCCAACAUCCCCUCUACAGAGAUCCUGGGUGUGACGGUCAUCCUGCUGACGUGCUCCUACGAUGGCCGCGAGUUUGUGCGCGUCGGAUACUAUGUGAACAAUGAAUACACAGACCCAGAACUGGCCGAGAACCCGCCGUCUAAGCCUGUCAUCGAAAAGAUCCGUCGCAACAUCCUGGCCGAGAAACCUAGGGUCACGAGGUUCGCCAUCAAGUGGGACACCGAAGCCUCGGCACCACCCGAGUUCCCACCCGAACAGCCUGAUGCAGACGCCCUGCCAGACGACGAGGCCACGUACGGCGCCGACGAGGCCGCGGAGGAGGACGAGGAAGAUGAAGAAGAACUUGCGGAAGGUGAAGCCGCGGCCGAGAACGGCGACGACGCCGAGAUGGUGGACGGCGAUGCGGCCAUGAAGGACGACGGCGAUGAGACCGACGGGAGCGAGGACUUGGAGGCAGAGUCGGAUGGCAGCGAGGACGAGGUCGACGAGGAAGUUGACGAAGAGGUAGGAGAGGGCGACGGCGAUGAAGAUUUGGAGAUGGGAGAGGCUGGGCCGACAUCAAAGAGUGCGCACGAUGGUGCAGCGCCCGAGGUGAUGGCGCACUGAGCGGCGGUGGCACGUUCCUCAACGUGUUCGCAUACUGGAAGCGCUCUUAUCACCUUCAGGAAGAAACGCCUGCCCCUCUCAAGAUGCGCGUUUUGUGCCGUUUUCCCUUCUGCCUCGCGAUUCAAGCGACAUGAUACACCUCCUCUUGUCUUUUGUCCCUCCUCCUCCUCCUCCUCCUCCUUAUUCUUCUUCUCUUUCCUUUGUGGUACACUGAAUAGACGACGAACGACGCACGAUGAACGAGCAGCGCUUGUUGCGCCGGUUAUGCCGCGCGUUUAGCUGAAACGCCCUUCCUCCCCCUCCGUGACAAACUUGAAAACGGAGUGGCGGAGGUGCUGGCUGAUGAAUGGAUGAAUGGAUGGAUAGUAGCCUCUAGAGUACACCUGUCCAUAUAUAACUUCGUUAAUAGCAUGGCGUUAGAUGGCGAACAUGAAGCUAAAAUACAAGAAAAUGUUAACCUGUCG